GAGUCGUUUGACUUUUGUGUACAGACUCAGUACAGAUGGCUCCAACAAUCCAGACACAGGCCCAACGAGAAGACGGACACAGGAGCAGUUCCCAUAGAACUGUCCCAGAGAGGUCCGGUGUGGUUUGCCGUGUGAAGUACUGCAAUAGCCUUCCGGAUAUUCCGUUCGACCCAAAGUUCAUCACGUACCCAUUUGAUCAACACAGGUUUGUGCAGUACAAAGCAACUUCUUUGGAGAAACAACACAAACAUGAGUUGCUGACUGAGCCAGACCUUGGGGUCACCAUCGAUCUUAUCAAUCCUGACACCUACCGAAUAGAUCCCAACAUUCUGUUGGACCCAGCUGAUGAGAAAUUACUUGAAGAGGAAAUUCAAGCUCCAUCAAGCUCUAAACGCUCCCAGCAACAUGCCAAGGUUGUCCCAUGGAUGAGAAAGACUGAAUACAUAUCAACUGAAUUUAAUCGAUACGGUGUUUCCAAUGAGAAAGUAGAAGUCAAGAUUGGUGUAUCUGUCAAACAGCAGUUCACUGAAGAGGAGAUUUAUAAGGAUAGAGACAGCCAGAUUGCGGCCAUUGAGAAGACUUUUGAGGAUGCUCAGAAAUCGAUCACACAACACUACAGUAAACCAAGAGUCACACCAGUUGAGGUCUUGCCUGUGUUUCCUGAUUUUAAGAUGUGGAUCAACCCGUGUGCCCAGGUGAUUUUUGACUCAGAUCCAGCUCCAAAGGAUAUUUCAGGUCCAGCUGGAGUUGAGAUGAUGUCUCAGGCCAUGAUCCGAGGUAUGAUGGAUGAAGAAGGCAAUCAGUUUGUUGCCUACUUUCUUCCCAAUGACGAUACAAUGCGCAAGCGAAAGAGAGAUUUGGAGGAGGAUCUUGAUUACAUGCCAGAGGAAGUGUAUGAGUACAAGAUUGCUAGAGAGUACAACUGGAAUGUGAAGAACAAGGCCAGUAAGGGCUAUGAGGAGAAUUACUUCUUCAUUUUUAGGGACGGGGAUGGAGUCUAUUACAAUGAGCUGGAAACCAGGGUGCGACUGAGCAAGAGAAGGGCCAAGGCAGGAGCACAGUCCAGCACCAAUGCCGUGCUAGUGUGCAAGCAUCGUGAAAUGAAUGAGAAAGAGCUGGAGGCUCAGGAAGCUCGGAGGGCUCAGCUGGAGAACCAUGAGCCUGAAGAUGAAGAAGAGGACAUGGACCUCGAGAAGGACAUGCAGGAUUCAGGUGAUGAGAAAGAGAGGGGGAGUGACAGUGAAGGUGAGAACUCAGGCAGUGAGUCAGACCGCGAGGAUGAUGAGGAUGGGGGCCGGAGGGGAGAGGACGACGACGAGGAUGAAGACGAUGAAGGAGAAAAGCGGCAGCGGAGGAGGGCGAGUGGCAGCGGGAGUGAGAGUGGCGAUGAUCGUCAGGCUCGUGAGAUGCGUGAUGAGGAGGAGAUCUUCGGCAGUGAUGACGACAGCGAUGAGGAUGAGCCCAAAAACCGAAGCAGCGGUGAGGGCAGCGGGAGUGAGGAGGAGGAAGAAGCUGGAGGACGACGGAGCUGUAGUGCCUCCCCCGUUCACAGCAGCAGUGGGCACUCCGAUGGUGCCCAACAUAGUGUCAGUGGUAGUGAGCAGGGCUCCAACUCCAGUGACGGCAGUGACAGCGAGUGAGAGUCUGUGGUCUUGGCAAAGACCAGCAAAGCACACCUUCGACCACUGCCCACGUGGCAGUUGUUACACUUACUAUUCGACUCUUUUGAUAGAACCUCAUGUCUUAGUAGGGUCAUGUACAGUGGUGUUGUACAGCAAGGGCACAGUAGAGACCACAACAGACAUGAAUACUGGAGCACACUUUAAAGUUUUAAUAUUAAUCUGACAGUCUACUUUGUUCUAUACAGUACUUGGAUUUCCCCUGUCCAGAAUGUGUGAGCUGGAAUUUAUUGGAGUGCUGUCCCUUUAAUGCAUUCUUGUGUAAUUCUUACUUUAUAAGCAUUGUUUUGAAUUCUCAUUGCUCUGCUUUAGUUAUACAUAUGCCCAGUCAAAUGGACUUUUUUAGUGGGUAAAAAAUGGCAGUUAACUGUAAAUUUACAGUCUGAUAAAACUGUUCUAGGAAGGCUCCUGGAGCCACCAUGUGUACACUCAUGAGAAAAGAUUUUUCUUUUGUCCUCACUGGCAUUCCUCCUUUUAUUGUUCCUUUUUUUUCCCCCCAUGUAACAGAAAAGGAGACCCUUAUGGCAGUGGAUGGUGCAGAAAUUAAUUUCACACACACUUUUGUAAUACAUAUUUUAUUAAAUUGGUACAAUUCUUCUCUCUUUGGGUACACUUCAUGGAAUUCAAAAUCCAACUUUUCUUUUUCCCCCAUUUAAUUUUUACCUUUGCUUUAGCAUUUUACGUCAUUCCUCACUGUUUGGCAUUGCAUAAGCACCUUUCAGUUUCCCUCUCUUGAUUCCCCCCCCCCCCUUUGGUCCGUGUUUUGACACUCUCAAAAAGCUUCUGAAAUUGUCAAAUAAAGAAAAUGUUUAUUAUAUAGAUCUGUCGUAAUACAAAUUUCUGUUGGUAGUAGUCAUUUCAAAAUAUUUCUCACCUGGAGCAUUACCAAGACUGUUGCGCUUAAGCUCUGGAACAUCUGCAUUUUGAUCAGCAUUUCCUGCCUAAAAACUUUUAGCAUUAAAAUGUAA